AUGUCACAGUGGGUGUCACAGAGCGGCCAUUGUGAUGCGCGAAGCUUGGAGCAGAGCAAAGGCUGCCGGGCUCAGGCAGAGCGUCAGUGCGGUCUGGUGAGGCGCAGAGAGAGCAAGGACUCUCGCAGUGCUCGCUAUCAACGCACAAUCAUGUCCGAUAGGAAGAGGAAGGCCUCCGGCUCGCAGGAGCCAGUGUGCAUCCUGUGUGGCCGGGCAGAUGUCGACCCGGACAUCUGCGGGAACAUGCUUUCUGAAAGUGGGAUUCAUGUCCAUGAGUUCUGCUUGGCGUUUGCCGAAAUCCCUUCUGAAGCAAGACCAACGCAGUCGGGAACUUUGGGCCUCCCUGUUGAUGCCAUCAGACGUGCAGUCAAACAGGCCAACAAGCAGCAAUGCUUUGUUUGUGGCGAGAGGGGAGCUGCCAUCACAUGCGUGGUGACAAACUGUCAGCGAAGCUUCCAUCUGCCCUGUGCCAUGGACGGGGAAUGUGUCACCCACUUUUUUGGGUACCGUUGGACCUUCUGUCCGGAGCACCGCCCUCAACAGGACACUUACCCAGCUCCAGCAGAAGGCACCAACUGCCUCAUCUGCCUUGAGCCUGUGGGGGACAGCUUGUCCUAUCAUACCCUGGUGUGCCCAGCAUGCCAACAUGCCUGGUUCCACCGGGGCUGCAUCCAGGUAGGAGCCCUCCCCUCACGCUGCACGCAUGCUGGUGCUCAGCAGCACCAGGCACUGCUCACGCUCACCCUGCUUGUGCUUCUCCUGCAGCAACAGGCCUUGAUUGCUGGCUCUUUGUGCUUCCACUGCGCUGCUUGUCGAGACAGCAAUAUGUUCUUUGCAGAAAUGGCCAUUCUGGGGAUCCGAAUCCCAUACAGAUUACCAGCAUGGGAGGAAAACAACGCAUAUGAAGCACUUCUCCAGAGGCACAGCCACUGUGAUGCCAGCGAAUGCCUGUACCAUGGAGGCAGAGAGCAGGCCGAGAGCAGUGGGCCCUGGCAGCUGCUCCUGUGCAGCUCCUGCGCUGCUGAGGGCACCCACCGACAGUGCUCCCACUUGAAUGACACCACAGCCACGUGGGAGUGCAACAGCUGUGCUGGCCUGCGUACCGCCUCCAGUGCCAACACCGAGCUUGCUGGGCCCUGCACUGCCAGCGAGAGGGCUCCGGGACCAUCCAGCAGCUCCAUGGAGCCUGAGACUUUGGGCUCCAUGCCCGCCAGCCAGGCAGCACUGGGGACGACAUCACAGAGUUCCCAGCUGCCUGAGCACAGCGACCUGCCCAGGGCGGAGGGCAUCAGGGUCCUCCAGGGCGUCCCCGGCAGCUGCUCGCAGGAGACGUCCCAGGCAGCGCGGAAGAAGCCGCACACGAAGCCGCUCCCCGCUGCGAGGUCGGGCCCCGAGUUCCCGGAGCCGGCCAAGAAGACGCCGUGGCAGCCGGCAAACGCCAGCCCCAGGGCAGCGGAGCGGCACCCGGUCAAGAUCUGCCACUUCGAGAUCCCCGAGGGCUUCCAGAGUGCCCGGACGCAGGAGACCGUCCAGGCAGCGACGGCGCACCCGCACCCGCAGCCCUCCUCCGCAGAGACGUCGGGCUCAAAAUUCCCGCAGCUCACGCCAAGGAGGCAGCAGGACGCGGGCUCAACGGCGGAGGACAUCGCGGGAAUGAAGCUGCUCCCAGGAACAACUUCAGAGACAAAGUCCCCACACACAGCCCCCAAGUCUGCGUAG